AAAAGAUUGAGGCAAAAAAUGCAAAUUUUCUUUUCAAAAAUAUGGAAAAAAUGUCGUCUUCUCGAAAGAAUCACAUAGGAUGAAUAUCACUACUAACGUGAAGCACAAAACUAUUCAUUCUCCCGCCACGCCUUUUCUUCUCGUUUCAUUCACCAACGCUCCGAAUCUCCAGAAAAAUUUCGAAAAUGGAAAUUCCGGUUAUCGAUCUGGCUCCAUACUUGGAAUUCUCAGAUUCUGCUAAACAAGAGCUGGAUCCACAGCUCAAGUGUCUGUGCUCGGAGGUGAGCCGAACCCUAAGGGAGACAGGAGCAUUACUAGUCAACGAUCCGCGAUGCGCAGCUCAAGACAAUGAUCUGUUCAUCGAUAUGAUGGAGAAAUACUUUGAAAUGCCAGAUGAUUUCAAACGCCUACAAGAACGCCCUCACCUCCAUUAUCAGGUUGGAGUGACACCUGAAGGAGUUGAAGUACCUCGUAGUCUAGUUGAUGAAGACAUCCAAGAGAAGCUAAAAGCAAUGCCCAUAGAGUUUCAGCCAUUGGCUCCCACUGGACCAGAUCCUAAAUGGCGAUACAUGUGGAGAGUUGGUCCACGACCAUCAAACACCCGCUUUAAGGAGCUUAAUUCCGAGCCUGUAAUUCCCGAGGGUUUUCCUGAGUGGAAAGAUACCAUGAAUUCAUGGGGACAUAAGAUGAUAUCUGCAAUAGAGGCUGUUGCUGAAAUGGCGGCCAUUGGCUUUGGCCUGCAGAAGGAUGCAUUCACAUCUCUUAUGAAGCAGGGACCUCAUCUGCUUGGUCCAACUGGAAGUGACCUAAGACAUCAUGGCCAAUUAGGUACUGUGUUUGCUGGAUAUCACUAUGAUCUCAACUUCCUAACAAUUCAUGGCAGAAGUAGAUUCCCAGGUCUCAAUAUUUGGCUAAGAAAUGGGCAAAAAAUGGAAGUGAAAGUUCCUCUGGGAUGUCUCCUCAUUCAAACAGGAAAGCAGAUAGAGUGGUUAACUGCAGGAGACUGCAUAGCUGGUAUGCAUGAGGUUGUUGUGACUAACCGCACAAUUGAUGCAAUCAAGCUAGCUACGGCGCAAAACCGCAGCCUGUGGAGAGUGUCCUCUACGCUUUUUGCACACAUAGCAUCGGAUGCUGUGUUAAAACCUCUAGGCCAUUUUGAGGAAUCCCCCCUUGCCUGCAACUAUCCUCCCAUGUGUGCUGGAGAGUUUGUCGAACAAGAGCUUGCUGUAAUUAAUCUCAAGGGCAGUAAUGGAGACCUUUGAGAACUUAUUAACUUGGAUGAUGUUCUUUUGACGCCAAUAACACUUGGAGAUUGUUGCCUGAAAUGUCAAUGAAAAUUAAAGUUCAUUCUCACCAGUGUUUUGUGGGCAGAUAGCAGGAAUCAAUCAAGUAAUUGGAUUUCUUCGUUUCCCUAAAUUUUUUAUAGGACAAGUAUGGAUUUGUGUUGAAUGAUUUUACACUAGGACAAUUAUUGAGGGAAAAAUUUAUUAGUAUUCUUUUCAAUGUUGAAAUUCAGAACUGUGACAUAAAGGAUAAUGCUGGCCCUAUCUUCUUUCCCACCUGAUUUUGUGCAUAGUUUAUAUUCCAAUAUAAUGAGAUACCGUUAAAUAA